AUUCAUUGACGCUUUGGGAUCUGGUGAGAAUGUACUUACACGCUCACGUUCUCCCGGUUCUAUUUGCGCUUGUGGCUCCGGCCUUUGCCCGCCACGAUAACUGGCUCUGGACCAAGGACACGUGCAAAGUAGGCAAUGUUACGGAUGCCUUGUGUUGCGACGAUACGCAUUGCGGAGGAUUCACAUCGGCCCAAUCCUGUGCCUCUGAUUACACCUGUUUAUGGGAUGACGCUAAGAACAAAUGUUUCGAGAGCAGAGACCGGAAGAACAAUGUGUGUUGCAAAUCGGACAUCUCGCAGCAAUGCCACUUCAUAUUGCAAGGCCUUUGUCCGCCACAUUUCCAAGUCAAGACGGGGUGCUGCGACGUGAAAUAUACCAAGUUUGGGUCCAUGUUACAAGUGACUCAAGAGGACCAUGUUUGUUGCUCGACCCCUUGCGAGCAAGCUUAUGCCAACCGAUGCCAAGUUCCCAACGCUUGUCCUCCAGAGGCCCGAACUUUGGGCUCGACGAGCUAUUUCAGCCCCAACAUCAAUUUCGGGUUCAAUUCAAAAAUUCAAUCACAUCUUGUCCCCACACAAGGCUACGUCAUUCCGUAUAGCGGAUUCGAAAAAAAUCCCGCUCACUUACCUCAUGAUGGUACCAGUAAAGAAAAAGCCAAGGAAGUUACUGUGGACGAUUUGGUCGAUUCCAUGAUUCAAGCAUUGACCAUUGAUACCAAGGAGGGGUACCGUCAAGAUCCUCACUCAAGUUCCACCUUGCCCACUGGUCACCAGUUUGGACCCUAUGGUGGUUAUGGCAGCCCGUACGGUGGUUAUGGCAAUUCCUAUGGUGGUGGUUAUGGCAGCCCGUACGGUGGUUAUGGCAAUUCCUAUGGUGGUGGUUAUGGCAGCCCGUACGGUGGUUAUGGCAAUUCCUAUGGUGGUGGUUAUGGCAGCCCGUACGGUGGUUAUGGCAAUUCCUAUGGUGGUGGUUAUGGCAGCCUGUACGGUGGUUAUGGCAAUUCCUAUGGCGGUGGUUAUGGCAGCCCGUACGGUGGUUAUGGCAAUUCCUAUGGCGGUGGUUAUGGCAGCCCGUACGGUGGUUAUGGCAAUUCCUAUGGUGGUUAUGGCAAUUCCUAUGGUGGUGGGUAUGGAGGGAUUGGUGGUCAUAGAGGAAUCCAUUCUCCUGGAUACGGAGGCCACCAAUAUGGUGUCUACGGGAGCAGCCCUUAUGGUGGUCAUUCUAGAGGCCAUCAAUAUGGUGUCUACGGGAGCAGCCCUUACGGUGGUUAUGGUAGUUAUUCUGGAUUUCAUGGAUCUUAUGGAGGAUAUUCUAGAGGAUAUGACGGACAGUACGGCAACCAAUAUGGGGGUUCCGGUCGACGUCAAGGAAGUUCCUAUAGUGGAGGAUACGAUCGUUACGACAAUCGUGGCUAUGGAGGGUACAACUCGAAUGAAAACUAUGAUAGUGACUGGGACGACUGGGAAGAUGACGAUAAAUCUUCGGCCAAACAGGAAAGUGGGGAUGGUGGGCAAUCUGGUGGUGAUAGCUACGAAAGUCGCCCAAAACGCAGCGACGAUCGAUAUAAUGCUGAUGGAUACGGCGACUACGGUUAUAAUUCGCGUUAUGGCAGUUCAGGAUAUGGGGGCUCGCAAUACGGUGGAGGGUAUGAUGAUUACAAUCGAGGGGGUUAUGGUGCUAGCUACAAGAGUCACGGCAAUCGGUACGGAUAUGGUGGUGGUUACCACGAUCCAAGAUAUGGUGGCGGCAAUCGAUAUGGUCACGGAUAUGGCGGUGGUUACGGAUAUGACGCUGGUCACAGAUACGGCUAUUCACCGUACGGAUAUGGCUCCACUUAUGGUAGUGGCUCAUCGGACUCUUAUGGCCGCGAAGAAGAAACCUACAUUGGCCCAGGGGGUUAUGGCUAUCAAACCAAGACGAAGCCCAACUACUAUGGAUAUGGUCCCAGUACUUAUAAGCGACCCAUUUACCCUGUUCACAACCAAUACCCAACGACCCAAGCUCACACUUCUGCCCAUCCCACUAAACCCAUCCAUGGCCCGACUUCCUAUGGAGUCCCAACUCACUCGGCUUACUAGAUGACCUCCGACCUGUUUUAACCCACGAAACCGAUUUAUUUUACUCAAUAUGUAACUGAUAUUGCUAUCAAAUGUAUCGUUUGUAGAAAUAAACUUUUAGCCAAACUUA